CUUCCUCCGUUAAUCCUAAGUUCCUAAUCCACCCACUCUUCUUCACAGCGAUAAAACUCAGAAUCUCGAUCCGCUCGCGGCUUGUCUGCAAUGCCGUACGCAGCUGCACGGCCGUCGCCUCAGCAGCACAGCCGGAUCAGCUCUGGCUGUAAGGCGUUGGUGGCCCACGGCGCAGCGGUGCCGGGCGAGGUGGCGCGGUACCACGAGCACGCGGCCGGCGCGGGGCAGUGCUGCUCGGCCGUGGUGCAGGCGAUCGCGGCGCCCGUGGAGGCGGUGUGGUCGGUCGUCCGGCGCUUCGACCGGCCGCAGGCGUACAAGCGCUUCAUCAAGAGCUGCCGCCUGGUGGACGGCGACGGCGGCGCGGUGGGGUCGGUGCGGGAGGUGCGCGUGGUCUCCGGCCUGCCCGGCACCAGCAGCCGCGAGCGGCUCGAGAUCCUGGACGACGAGCGGCGCGUGCUCAGCUUCCGGAUCGUCGGCGGCGAGCACCGCCUCGCCAACUACCGGUCCGUGACCACCGUGAGCGAGGUGGCGUCGACGGUGGCCGGGGCGCCGCGGGUGACCCUGGUGGUCGAGUCGUACGUGGUGGACGUGCCGCCGGGGAACACCAGCGACGAGACGCGCCUGUUCGUGGACACCAUCGUGCGGUGCAACCUCCAGUCGCUGGCGCGCACGGCGGAGCAACUCGCGCUGGCCGUGCCGCACGUCAAUUGAUGCCCGUCAUGCACUCCGGCAGACCAGAAAGGUACCGCCGGCCGUAGACCGUGCCAUGCGCGCAAGGUUGGGGCUCUGGAAUCUGGAGUGACAUGAUUUGCACCCUAAACUAGCCCUAGUGUCAUGUGAUUUUUUUUGGCUUUGUGCACCUGGUUGUUUUGUGUAAAUCAUCUCAUCUUGUUAACUAACUAGUGGUUGAAUUAAUGUGCAGUACUGAUUCGACUA